UUGGGGAAUUUUAAAAGAGCUGCUAGGCUCCAUGUAGGGCGUGCUAUGACAGCGUCUUUACUCCUCCAUUCCCGCUGGAUUGACCCGGUGAUGUUUCUCUAUGACAACGGCUUGGAGGAUAUGAGCAAAAACAUGGAAGGAUUUGUGGGAGGCAAUUUCGCUGCUAACCAGUGCAGGAACCUUAUUGCGCACCCGUCUUCUCUGGCCCCGAGCACAACCUACACGUCGAGUGAGGUGCCAGGAUCAGGCUUGGGGGAGCCUGGCAGACAAUGCAGUCCGUGUUCAGCCGUGCAUACUUCUCCCAGUGCUUCUUUGCCCUAUGGAUAUUUUGGCGGCAGUUACUACCAGUGCAGGAUGCCCAAGACCUGCACGCAGCCCAGCUCCUAUGGGGAAAAAUACAUGGACACGUCUGUUUCUGGAGAGGACUUCCCUUCUCGUGCUAAGGAGUUUGCCUUCUACCAGAGUUACUCGUCUGGCCCUUACCAGCCUGUACCGAGUUACCUCGAUGUGCCGGUCGUCCCUGCGGAACCCAGACACGAGUCUCUUCUUCCCGUUGAAACGUACCAGCCCUGGGCGAUCACGAACGGAUGGAGCAGUCCGGUGUACUGCCCGAAAGAUCAAACGCAGUCAAACAGCUUAUGGAAGUCGUCUAUUCAAGAUAAUGUGUCGGGUGGCGAUGGAGCCUCGGUCCGUCGAGGGAGGAAGAAGCGGGUUCCUUAUACCAAGGUUCAACUGAAGGAUUUAGAACGAGAAUAUGCCACGAAUAAAUUCAUUACUAAGGACAAACGAAGAAGGAUAUCUGCUCACACAAACCUGACCGAGCGACAGGUGACCAUCUGGUUUCAAAACAGACGGGUGAAGGAGAAGAAAGUGGUCAACAAGUACAAGGGCAUCAGUUAAGGUCUGAAAGAAUGAAAAACUGAGAUACCAAAGGGGUGUAAAUGGAAGGACGUUCAACAUUAUUUAUUCUGAAAUCCAUUCCAUCAUCUGUUCCACGUUCAAGAAACUAUGCGGAGGUGCGCAGGAGGGAAAUAAAUGUUUUACUUCCCUGUGUCUAUAACCAAGACACUGACACUGAUAAAAUGCAAAUAUACUGCUCACAUAUUCACCACUUCAUUUUUUUAAUUCUUUUUAAUCUAUAACAUAUUUGACUAAGACGUGGGAGGAAUGUAAAUUGAUUUUUUUCCAACAAAGAAAAUCGGUGAAGUAGUCUAAACAGACAAAACCAUGGCAAUUCGUGAUUUGUUUUAUUUUUUUACACAUCAAAAAACAACUGUAUCUUUUUAGACUGUGGAUUUGCAUGCUAUUCUGAUUGUACUACACUAAAUUUACCCCAAGCCGUGA